GUGCCUGGGAAGAAGGUACUUCUGAGGACAUUCUUUCAUGGGACAGAAGCGGAGCCUCAGAAAACAAUCUCCUUUACAUGAUCUCCAUGGAUGAAGCAUAUUUGAGCAUCUUUUGAUAUCUUGGUUCACAGAAGUGAUCUGAGAGGGCAGGGAUGUCUCAGAACAACACUGGCAAAGAACCUCCUGCCGCCCCCCCAGGCGAGUGCCCUGUGUGUUACGAAACAUUUCAGUCUCCAAAAGUGUCCCGCCGGAUGCUGAGCUGCGGCCACACAUUUUGCCAUGACUGUUUGGUCAAGUGUCUGCUGUUCCAUGAAGAAGGGUACCUGCAAAAUAGCCUUACGUGUCCCAUCUGUCGCUUUGUGACCUUUCUCUGCAAUAAAAACGACUGCUGGCCUUCCAAGCCAGCCCUGACCCCAUCCUCUUUGGAGUUGCCUCUCUCACCUUCCUCGUUGCCACUCACCUGUGGAGUGCCACACGGCUCUGCAAAUACUUUGGUGGUUCCUGGCCAUUUCCUCUUGCCGCUGCACAAUUAUGGCAGACAACAAGGUUCGCAGAGGUAUCCUAUCGUGGACUCCAUUGUACGGCCCAGUGGCCUGGAAUGUGAAUCUCAUAUCUUCAUUAUUACUCAGUGUGGAAUGCCACUAAUGGAAGAGGAAUACAUUACCAUAGAUCACGGAGAAGCUGCUGAAUCAGAAGCAUCACAAACAUGUUCUGGAAUGGGCUGCUUCCAGUCACCUAUUAUGAUGGCUGUUUUCCUUAUCUCUGCUGUGGCUCUGUUGGGGGCUGUACUUCCCUGGCUUCUGCUUGUAAGAAAUAAUGAAUGAACAUGCUGGAUGAAUCCUUCUAUUUCCAAGGUGGGAUGAUUCCACGAUGAAGAUUGCUUGUCACUGCAUCUACAAGCAUGGAAGCCCAAAUAUUUGCAGGGUCCAGAUGGAUGGGAAGUCUUAUGAAGGGACUGGGAAUUGCAGAAAAUGGUAUUUGCGUUAUUCUUCCCUUGUCAGGGUUACUAGUAUCCUUAUUUUAGAGAUGCCAGGAAGACCACCAAGAGAAAUGAUUGAUCCUUAUACUAUGAUAAUUUCCACUACUAUUGCAUCCUCUUGUUUAAUUGCAUUGGUCUCCAGCUCCAUGACAUUCAGACAGCAGGCUAAU